AUGAAAUCAGAGAAAGUAAAUUUUUAUUCAUUAAUUUUGGAUUUAACUCCGGAUUUAUCUAAGGUAGAUCAAAUGGCAAUAGUAUUAAGAUAUUGUACAUCACAUAAUGUACAAGAGAGAUUAUUAGAGCUUAAACCUAUUGAUAGUCACAAAGGUGAGUCAAUCUUCAAAUUGCUAGAAGAUUUUCUUAAAAAUUCUAAACUUGAUAUUUUAAAUUGUCACGGUCAGUCAUAUGAUAAUGCUCCUAAUAUGAGUGGAACUUAUGAAGGUACAUUAUAUGAAAAUAAAAUAAAUCAACUUAGUCCUAAAAUAAAAGAGAAAUACUCCGAUGAACAAGAGAGAAUAAAAAAAAAGAAAUUUCCAAAUGACUCUGAUUGUAAUCAGGUAUCUUUAAGUGGUCAUGACAAGUUUAGAGUAGAGACUUAUAAUGUUAUUAUAGAUAGUUUUUGUUCACAAUUAGAAAAACGAAUUGAAGCUUAUAGUUUUCUAAAAAAACAAUUUUUUGUUCAUCACAAAAUUACAUGUUGUUUUACUACAAGAUACUGA